AUGAACAACUCAACAACAACCCAAGACUUGAUUCUCCACGCUGAACAAAGUGAAGAUGAAUUCUAUAACAUUGAUGACUAUGAGGUUGAUGAAUCUUACUACUUCUACAUCAUCAAUGCAAUUCUCAGUGGCACAGCCAGGCUAAAUGUUCUGUUACCCACGGCCACCAUUCUUGCUUUCAGCAUCUUCACACCAAUCCUGACUGAUGACGGCGAAUGCAGCGUGCUGAGCCGGUGGCUCAUGGGCGUGUUUCUGGCCAUCUUAGCAGCGUCUUGUGUGCUCUUCACCUUCACAGAUAGCUUCAGAACAGCCAGUGGAAGGCUGUGUUAUGGGGUGGCAACAUUCAGAGGGAUAUGGACUUUCAAUGGAGGAAGGAAGAAGCCAUGUGAGCCGUCAGAUUAUAGACUGAGAUGGAGUGAUCUCUUCUAUGCUGCACUUUCUUUGGUCUCUUUUCUUGCUUUUGCAGGGUUGAAUCAUGAUGUGGUCAAGUGCUAUUACCCAGGAAUUCCCAGAAAGGUGACCAAUACUGUUCCUCUUGUGGUUGGUUUUGUUGUGAGUGUUUUGUUUGUGGUGUUCCCUUCUAGGAGGAGAGGGAUUGGUUAUCCUUUCUUGUUGCAGAGAGAUCCUUUGUACUCCAGAAAAUAA